AUGGCUGCCGGGCCUGGGGUCCAGGGGAGGCGGAGAGGGGGGAUUAGGGGAACCUCGCUUUCCGAGCUCCCCGCCGGCCCUCGAGGCCUUCCCUGCCCGGCCCCCAUUCCCGGCCCCUCCCACCCGGAAAGCCCGCGGCUCCUCGCCAGCGCUCUGGGCUGCCCCCCGAAAAUUAAACAAGUGCGGCAGGCACCCCCGCCCACCCCGCCCCUGCUCGGGAACUUCCGAGCAAAGUUGCUCCAGGGCCCGGAGCGCCAGCUGAGAGCGCGGGGCGGGUCUUCGGCGGCCCCGGGCGAGCCCCAGGAAAGGGGCGCCCGAGCGGCCUCCCCGACCCCGCGCCCGAGCCCGCCGCGGCCCCCGCGGCCUCACCUGGGCUCCCCGAGGCUCCCCCUCCCCCGCCGGGCGGCCGCCGGCCUCCCUCAUGUGACGCGGGAACAGCUGCGGCCUGAGUCACCGGGGCCGGCCCGGGGAGGGCCGAGCCCCCCGCCCAGCGGGAGCCACGUGGCCCCCCGGCCUGCAGGACAGCGCCCACGCCCGCCCAGGGAAGGCUCGGACGGCCGGGCCCUGCAGGCGCCUUGGGGCCCUCAUGGCGCCCCCACCUCCGUGCCAGCUCGUGGUAGGACGGCGGGACCGAGCGCCGCCUGGUUCCCUCUGGCUCUGGGCGCGGCAGAGGAGGCGGGCGAGGGCCGAAAGCGGGGGCGGUGGGUGGCCGGGAGCUGCCCUCGAAGUCGCCGCCGAGUCGCUUCCUCCGCCACCUCUGGGAUCGAGCCCCUACCCCCAGCCCCAGCCCCAGCCCUGAGUCUGCAGCGAGAGCCGUGGGCUGCUUGGGACUGGGUGGGCCAGAAUAAACACGUCCAGGGAGUCUCGCAAAUUCUAAAAAUGCCUCCCCGCAGCCCCGGGGGCCACAGGCUAGAAGAGCCGGUGCGGGAAGGGAGGCCCUGGGGGCGCCUCGCCCCCCACCCACCCCGCGCAUCCAAAGAAGGCCCGCGACGCCAAGGAAUGCGUCCACCGACUCCCAACACAGGGCGCUCAGCCAGGACGGGGGACCCCGCGUGGGGAGGGGAGAAAAGGGCCGGCCACUGCCGAGCCCGGUUCCGGCGGACGACGCGGCUGCGGGCGGGCGUGCGGGACAGCAGGGGCCGCCGCGCCUUACGGCCGUCUCGCCACCCGGCAGCCGCACCUCUCAGCAGCGCGCAGGCCUCCCGGGCCGCGAACCCCCGCGGCGGGGGCCUCCCCGCAGCGCCAGACCCGCCCAGAAGUGGCGCAGGCCCCGGCCCACAUUUGCCGCGAGCCAGUCAGAACCUCGGAGGAGGCGGGCCUGGAGGUUGCCGGGGUAACGCCGCGCUGGGGGUGGGGGGGCUCCCCGGGCUGGAGAGCAGUUGCCAGGGAGACCAGGCGGUGGGCGGGGCGCCCAGGCGCAGUUCCCUGGACUAG